AUGACCUUUUCAACCUCCUUUCUCGUGGCAACUUACCUCCUCUCAAUCACCAACUCUGUCCACGCCCAACUCACAGGAUCUGUUGGACCCUUGACUUCCGUCUCAGACAAGGCCGCUGUCAAGACGUGCAAUGUCCUCGACUACGGAGCCAGCUCAGACAACACCACCGACGUGGGACAACCCAUCAUCGACGCCUUUGCUGACUGCGGUAGCGGUGGUCUCAUUUACCUCGAUGGCGUCCUCUACCGCGACUCGUCGCCUUCCUCCCAGUCAUACAUGUUCGAGAUAAGCGGUGGCAGUGACUUUGAGCUCUUCAGUUCAAACGCAACGGGUGCUAUUCAGGGUAGCGGUUAUCUUUAUCACCGUGAUGGUACUUACACGGGUCCCCGGAUGCUGCACAUUUCCGAUGUGUCGGACUGGUCUGUUCAUGACCUGGUGUUGGUUGACUCGCCUAUGUUCCACUUCGUCAUUGACGGCGGCUACAAUGGAGAGGUGUACAAUAUGGCUAUCCGCGGUGCCGACCACGGUGGUCUGGACGGUAUCGAUGUGUAUGGUGACAAUAUGUGGAUUCACGAUAUUAUGGUCACUAACAAGGAUGAAUGUGUCACAACCAAGACCAAAUCCCACAACUUCCUGAUCGAGAACAUCUACUGCAACUCCAGUGGCGGAUGUGCCAUCGGAUCCCUCGGUUCUGGCGCCAACGUCAGCAACAUCGUCUACCGCAAUGUCUACACCUGGGACUCGAACCAGAUGAUGAUGAUCAAGAGCAAUGGUGGCUCGGGCGAUGUAUCCAACGUCGUCUUUGAGAACUUCAUUGGCCACGGAAACGCCUACUCCCUCGACUUCGACAGCUACUGGAGCAGCAUGGAUGCAAUCGACGGUGACGGCAUCUACUACCACAACAUCACAUUCCAGAACUGGACGGGAACCGCCGUCGACGGCGAAACCCGGCCGCCUAUCCGGGUCAUCUGCCCUGAAGACACCCCUUGCACCGAGAUCAGCCUCGUCCAGAUCGACCUCUGGGUUGAGGAAGGUGCUUACGAUGAGUAUGUCUGCAAGAACGCCUACGGAUCCGGCUACUGCCUAGACUCUGCUACUGGCACCACGACUCCCUAUUCUACCACUACUUAUGUCAACUCUGCUCCGACGGGCUACGAGGCUCCCACUAUGACUGAUGAUUUGGCCACUGCUUUCGGCACGUCGGCUUCGAUCCCGAUUCCUACCAUUCCGGCGUCGUUCUUCCCUGGUGUGACGCCGAUUAGUGCCUUGGCUGGGAGCUCUUGA